AUGAUCUCUACUCUGCCCCAAGAAUUGGUAGAAGAGAUACUGUCUAGGGUUCCGGUCACAUCUCUGAGGAGCCUACGAUCAACGUGCAAAGGAUGGUUCCAUCAAGCUUUAUUCAAAGAUCCAAGAUUCAUCAAGAAGCACUUUGAUAAAACAAGGCAGUAUCAUGCUCUCAUGCUGAAUCACAAGGUAUGUUCAGUGAUAUCCAUCCACGGAGCUAACUGCGACGCUGAGACAAUAUUUGGUGUAGAUGGACUUACCGUAGUUGAUCUCCAUGAUAAUGUAACCAAAGCCUUUCAUCAUUGUGAUGGCUUGUUGCUAUGCACCCACCCCAAGUCAAACAUGCUUGUGGUUAGGAACCCGUUUUCAGGGAAAACCAGAUGGAUUCAACAGCAGAAGCCUUAUUACAAUAGCGCCUAUGCUAUGGGAUACGACAAGAACGAACUGUGCCAUAACUACAAAAUCUUGAGGCUUCCGUGUUACUACGACCACGGGAAACCUGAAUCAUGGAAGAAACUUGAUGUCACGACUCUAGAAGGCGACUUAAGAUUGGAAAUCUAUGAGUUUGGCUCUAACUCAUGGAGGAGUCUUGAUGCCGUCACAACCCAAGCCUUCUUACAACCUUGUGGGGUGUCUCUAAAAGGGGAUACUUAUUGGCUGUCGUCUAAUCAUAAAGUGUUUGACUACUCACUUCUCAGUUUUGAUUUUUCAAAAGAAAGCUUGCAACGUCUGUGUGUUCCUAGCUCUCUUUAUGAACCAUGUGAUUCUGAUACUAUGGCUCUCUCGGUCGUUAGAGAAGAACAUCUUUUGUUGUUAUAUCAGAGUAAAAAGACACUGCUGGUGGAAAUAUGGAUAACCGAUGAGAUUGAGACCACGUUUGCGUCGUGGUGCAUGUUCUUAAUAGUGGAUUUAAAACCUCAUGUCCAUUUUAUUUGGAAUCCUAUGAGUUUCUUUAUCACUGACAUGGAGAAGGAAGUUGUUUUGUGUUGUCAUGGAUUCAGAGAUGUUAGUAAUCGCUUCUGCGUGUUACGGAUGGUUCCUAGUGGCAUAUCACGUUGGUAUUUGCCAACUCGCGCCUGGCAUGUUCCAACAUUGUUCGGUUAUGUUCCAGCAGAGUUAGCAUAGUAAUUCCCUUUGUCAUGUCCUUUCAAUUAUGGAUCAAAAUCUUGUCUUUUUUCAUGUUUCCAAGAUAAUAAAAGAUUUAUUGAUUAAAAGUGUAGUUUUGGCACUUAAGAAAAUAAUUUAAAUUUAUUUAUAUUUUAUUACUUACACAUUUUAACCAAUACUAUUUGAGAUAAAUAAAAUUAUUUACAAGAUCAAACAUUUGU